UGACUCUACUGAUUUCGUAUUUCUUUUCUCUAACAGACAUGGUUAAAAAUAAAGGGUUCUUGCCUUCGGGGCCUUCAGAGAUACCUGUUCAACGAAAUCAAAUGAAGGAAAUUAUUUAUUCUUUACUUCCAGCUUGCAAAGACCCUGAUAUUGAUUCUGGUAUCCCCUUUAAAGCGGAUGCAAUCAUUGCCAAUCCCCCAGCAUAUGGGCAUACCCAUGUGGCAGAGGCACUAAAAGUACCGAUUCACAUAUUUUUCACGAUGCCAUGGACGCCAACUAACGAAUUUCCACAUCCUUUAUCCCGUGUGAAGCAGCAAGCUGGAUACAGGCUGUCAUAUCAAAUUGUUGACUCCUUGAUUUGGCUUGGGAUUCGGGACAUGAUCAAUGAUUUGAGGAAGAAAAAGCUGAAGCUUCGUCCUGUAACAUAUUUAAGUGGUUCACAAGGCUCUGAGUCUGAGAUCCCACAUGGAUACAUAUGGAGUCCUCACCUGGUUCCUAAACCAAAAGAUUGGGGACCUAAGGUUGACGUGGUUGGAUUCUGUUUCCUAGAUCUUGCAUCGAACUAUGAACCUCCUGAACCUCUUGUAAAAUGGCUUGGAGCUGGUGAAAAGCCUAUUUACAUUGGAUUUGGUAGCCUUCCUGUUCAAGAGCCAGAGAAAAUGACCCAAACUAUUGUGGAUGCACUGCAAAGCACUAAACAGAGGGGCAUCAUUAACAAAGGCUGGGGUGGCCUUGGGAUCUUGGCAGAACCAAAUGACUCCGUUUACUUAUUGGACAACUGUCCUCAUGAUUGGCUAUUCUUACGAUGCAAGGCUGUGGUGCAUCAUGGAGGUGCUGGAACUACAGCUGCUGGUCUAAGAGCUGCGUGCCCUACAACCAUUGUACCUUUCUUCGGUGACCAACCCUUCUGGGGAGAGCGGGUACAUGCAAGAGGUGUAGGUCCUGCACCCAUUCCUGUUGAGGAGUUUACACUUACGAAGUUGGUUGAUGCAAUAAAGUUUAUGGUAGAUCCAAAGGUGAAAUUGCGUGCGGUCGAACUUGCAAAGGCCAUGGAAAAUGAGGAUGGUGUGGCUGGAGCAGUGAAAGCCUUCUUUAAACAUCUUCCUUGCAAAAAGCCUGAUCUCGAGCCAGAACCAGUGACAUCUAGUUUUUUCUCUUUAAGUAGAUGUUUUGGUUGUUCUUGAAAUUGUUGGUGGAUGUUGUCAGUCCUUCCAUGCAUUUCUUCAAUUAUUUUGUCUUGACGGUGUAUAUAAUAGUAUGCCCUGCGUGGUCUCUGCCGAGAAGAUAGAGAGAGAGAGGAAACUACUUGGGAUUCAUGUUCAUAAAAGGCCAUUCCUACUUCAAGAGUUGUAAUUUUCAAUCUCUAUUCUAUUAAAAAAUGAUUUACUUUUAUC